AUGUUUGAAUCGGAAUACUUCAAGAAUCUUCUGAAUGAAACUACGGCGUUGAUAGCCAACAAAGUGGAGGAGGGAAACAACAGAGAAGAGAUGGAGGCCCGGAUCGAGAGCAACGUGGCAACAUUGAAGUAUCUUGCAAGGGAAAUAACAGACAGAGAUCUGCAAAGCAAAACACUGAAGAGAAUAGACAUGCUGUGUCUCGAGCCCGAGGAGUUUGAAAUGAGUGAUGUUAGAAACAGGACAGUGGGAGCUAGAGGUAGUGAGCAUUCGGACAGAAUGGAAAGAGAUAUCCUCAAGUACACAAAAAGACUACGUGGGAAGGUCAAGGAAUUUAUGGAAAGCGUUGAUAUGGACAGUAGGGUGCUGGAAGAGGUGACCGACAAAAUGUCCAAGAAUCUGGCAGGGACAUCUUCUACACUGAAGUCCUUGAAGAUAGAGGGAUGUAGGAUUCCAAUUCUGGGCCUUCUUACCUCUGUUACAGCAGUCUUUGUUGUGAUGUACUUUGUCAUAAGAUUUCUGUAG